AUGGCCAUGCGCCCCAGUCCCUCAGACGGGACCCCAGGACAGAACGGCAGCGGAGCCCCCUGUUUCUCCAACCCCAGCUACCACACUGUGGCCCAGUGCAACGUGGUGUCCACCAUCUCCAGCGGCCUGGACGGGACCCUCACCCUCAAGUCCAACACUCUGAAAGGCAGGAGUGGGUCUGAGUGGAGGGCCUACUGUAACCUCAGCGACAUCGAGGUGCAGCCGGGAGAGACCACGGCACAGAGAGGCCCCCGCAAAGAUUACAUCAAAGGCUCCAUGUGCAACAACAGCCCCUGCUCUCUGAACUCGGACAACCCGUACGCCACCAUUCGAGACCCCCCAGGGCUCAGCUGUAAGCACCCGGUCCUGGGGGACAGCAGCUACGUGGAGGUGAAGUCCCCGUCCCACAGAGAGGUGCCCUUCGGAGGCACCGCCACGCUCCUGGGCGCCGCCACCAGGGCCGUGUUUGAAGUGGAGCCCUCCGUGAGCGUGCUGCAGGGGCCUAACGGAAUGGCCACGGGCUUCUCCCAGAGUCCGUACGACCUGCCGCGUCCCAGCGCCCUGCAGAGCCACCUCCAGAGCCACUAUGACAUUCUCCCUCUGCACCACACCUCAGCCUCAGACCCCCCUCCCCUGGCCCCCGAGAGCCCCAGCUCCCUGCUCUAA